UUAGGGUUCUAGCGCCCUUUCAUGGAAAAAGGGGCGGCGGUCGCGCGCCCGGAUGAGAAGCUCAUGGCCGAAAUGAGAGAGGGCCUGGAGGAGCUGCAGAAGAAAUCGCGGGAAAUGGCGAUCAAGGUGAGAGAAGGGGAGAAUCAAACGAAGGAUGGAAUCGGCUACCUAGAAGUGAAGCAUUUGCUUCUAUCGAGCUACUGCCAGCAUCUCGUGUUCUUGAUCCUGUUGAGAGCCGAAGGGAAAUGCGAUCUUUCCGAGCAUCCUGUCAUCCAGCGUCUUGCCGAAAUUCGUUUGUUCUUGGAGAAGAUCCGUCCCAUUGACAAGAAGCUACAGUAUCAAAUCGACAAGCUUCUCAAGCAAGCCACAGCACCGGCUAGCGAUCAGUACCUGGCCGCUGAGAAAGACGAUCUAAAGUACAGGCCUAAUCCAGACUUGCUCGUUUCCAAAAUCGAGGAAGACAUGGAGGGAAAUGGUGGCGUUUACAAGCCACCGAAGAUCGCUCCCACGGCUAUGGACGAGAAAGAGAGUGCCAAGGACAAAAGGACGAGGCAGCGAGCCGAAAGGGAAGAGCAGCGUCGAGCUUCACGAAGCUCGUACAUCAAAUCUAUGGUGGAUGAUCUCGAAGGAAGGCCUGAAGAGAUCCAGCAUUCGCUCGGGGCUGAAAGCAAGCAGUUCCAGCGAGAGAUGGCGAGGCUGGACGCGCGCGCAAAGCAAGAGGAAGACAUGUUUACUCGUGUUCCUCUGUCCAAGGUGGAACGCAAGAGAUUGACACGCUUAAAGCGUUCUCGAAACGGGCUCCAGGGGCUGAUGGAUGAUUUCACCGACGAUGUUGCUGGCUUGGCCUUUACCGAGGACGAUGGCGAUCAACCAUCUCGCUCCAAGAAGCUCAAAAAAUCCAAAGCUAGCGGCAAGCUUCGCGUAAAGAAACUUAAGGGUAAGUUUAAAAAUAAGAAGAAGAACCGCUCGUAAAAACGAAGCGAGGUCCACGUGGUCAUGCCAAGUGUCAGGCAAGUGAUUCAUUCCAUCGUUCGUUCUUCGAGCCAGAGAUGGCAGAUCAGGAUCAAGCAAAGCAGCAAGCUCGCCGCAUCAUGAGCCGGCUGAGGGAGCGCGCGCCGAAUUCCCGCCAGCUGCUCGGGAUAGUCCUCCUCCUCACGGCUGCGCUCAUCGUUCUAGUUCUCGGUGGCAUCACUCUGGCCGGUGCUGGCCUCUCGCUGGCUCUCGCGACGCCGCUCUUCAUCCUCUUCAGCCCGAUCCUGGUGCCGCUGGCUGGGAUCGUCGCAGUCGGCACCGGAGGAUUCGUGUCGCUCAGCGCGGCCUUCGUGACCGCGUGCUCCGCGGUUGCAUGGCUCUACAACUACGUCAAAGGCAGGCACCCGGUGGGAGCUGACAAGAUCGACGCUGUCAAGCACAAAAUCGCCGAUACUGCGUCGCAUGUCAGCGAGAAGGCCAGAGAAGUCGCGCGAGACGUUGGAGCUUGAGUCCGUCCAGCCGAGAUAGUUUUGUUUGCUACUUGCUUUUGGUUGUGUCAAUAAUAGUACUGUCAUUCUUAUCGUUCU